AUGACACCCCAUUGGUCCCAAACCCUGGAGGCUGGUCAUGCAGCCGACGACAAGCCUCGCCAUGAUUCGCCAGAGACGCGAAAGGUACGCGUCUGUGCCUGGGGAGGUGGACGGGAGCUACGGGAGCGCGUCUAUCGUCGACGACCAGUCGUUUCGUGCUGGGUGUUGUGUCUGUGGCAUUUGACAGAGGCAGAUCCCCGCCCGUCUGAUGUUUCCACUUUGACUGACUGA